CUCCUCCUCCCCCCUGGCAGAGCUCGCCGUGUCAGCCGUGAGAAGCUCCGUUCAGCUCCGAGCCCAGCCCCGUGAGCCUCCGAGCACCAGGAUGGUUUCCUUCAUCCUCUGCCUUCUCCCUGCUCUCCUAGCUACAACGAGUGCAGAAACUACCCCAGGUCACACCCUGACAUGUAACACGUGCUUUGGCCAAACGAAGAACUGCAGUUUCAAUCCAGGAACCUGCCAAGCCAACAAGGCUACUGGUGGCUGCCUCUCCGUGGCAGAAGAUAGUACACUGGAUGGGACAAAGACAACGUACUUCUACAAACAGUGUCUGAGUAGCUAUAAGAGUGACAUCCAAGUCCCCAUCUCCUUCACUGUUGGGAAUGGCAAGUAUGUGAGGAUCAACACCACACGAUGCAACACAGAUAACUGUAACUCGGCUGUACCUGCAGUGCCCACGGGGAGCACCACCGAGAACGGGCUGCAGUGCCCAACCUGCUUCGCUCUGAACUUCACUGUCUGCAACAGCGCAAUCACCCCUUGUACCGGGGACGAGACCUAUUGCAUCGAUUUCUCUGGGCUUCUAUACCAAGAUUCAUCUCGUUCACCAUUUCAAGCAACAGGCUGCGCUACUGCGUCUGCUCAGGCCAUUAAACCUGGAACCACCCUGGCUAUGGCACUCUACACAUUUGACUUUUUUUGGGGGAAAUCUGUUCCAGCACAGAAAAUACCCACCAGCCCCCCUCCCACAACCGCUGCCUCUCUAGAAACAACCACCACCACCCCCAGCACAACCACCACCACCCCCAGCACAACCACCACCACCACCCUCUCAACAACCACCACCACUCUCGCUACAACCAACACCGCCAUCAAAACAACCACCGCCGCCACCCCCAACACAACCACCCCCCCCAAAAGAACUACCACAAACAAAACAACCACCAUCCACAAAACAAUGCCCACCUCUACAACCACCACCACCACCACCACCAAACCCACUACCUCACCCAAAACAACCACCUCAUCCAAACCCGCCCGCCCCGCCCAUGCAACCCACAGUGGAGCCAGCCCGGCUCUGGGGAAAUUCUCCUUUGCCCUCUACCUGCCUGGCCUGACUGGGCUGCUGCUGGUGAAGCUGCUCUCCUGACCCCGCCCGGCACGGCCCAUGCAGCUCCUGGUGCCUGUGAAUAAAGGCCUGAAGUCCCAGCUACCCCUCUCCGUGCUGCUGGGGCGAUGCAAAGGGGCUGCUGCAUAGCCAAGAGUCUGCCCAGCGUAUGGGUGUGCGUCUGUCCCGGUACCUCGCGGCUGGCUGGAAUCUCUCUGUGCAUUAGCAAAUUCACCGAAUAAAUCAGGAUCCAAAA